AUGAUCCUCACAUCUCGAUCUUUACGGCGGAAAUACUUUCGACCCAAACCUCUGUUGUUGACUCUUGCAUUCCUCUUCCUCCUCGAUGCAUUCUCACUCAUCUCGUCGCGGCCGGUUCCGAUCAGGCGAUCCUCUCUUCCAGCUCACCUGAAAGAUCAGAAGAUAUUCAUUGCGUCCAUGUUCCGGAACUCUGAGUACAUGCUUCGUUUGUACUAUAAUGAUCGCCUUAUAGAUCUGAUACAGCAUUUGGGACCGCAAAAUGUGUUUGUGUCGAUCAUCGAGUCUGGGUCGCAGGAGGAUACGAAAGGAGCGCUGAAAGAGCUCAAGGGGAAAUUAGAUGCUCUGGGGGUGACGCAUAAAAUUUCUCUGGGAAUGAAUGUCACUGAGCAGAUGGAAUCGAUAAAGAAGGUUCCUAAGGAGGGAGAAGAUAGGACUGGGUGGAUCUUCACGGGCAGAGGAGAGCCGGGGUGGGAAGUACGACGCAUCCCUUAUUUGGCAGCGUUGAGAAAUCAAGCUAUGGAGCCACUGGCAGAGAUGAGAGAUAGCAGGAAGUUCGACAGAAUUCUCUGGAUCAACGACGUGGUCUUCUCAACAGAAGAUGUCACCACACUCCUUUCUACCAGAGACGGAGCUUACGCCGCAGCAUGUGCCUUAGACAUCUCCAGCGACCCACAAAUCUACUACGACACAUUUGCCCUCCGCGACAGCAGCGGCUUCAAAACCGCCUCCCAGCGCUACCCCUACUUUUUCUCCCCACUCUCUCGCCAAAGUCUGUAUCAGAAUCUCCCCGUUCCCGUCUCCUCCUGCUGGAAUGGCCUCAUCUCCCUCGACGCCGCCCCAUUCUACGCCUCACCACCCCUUAAGUUCCGCGGCAUCUCCGACUCCCUUGCCAAAGAACACCUCGAGGGCUCAGAAUGCUGUCUCAUCCACGCCGACAAUCCACUCCGCCAAGAGAAAGGCGUCUGGAUGAACCCUAACGUGCGAGUUGCAUAUAGAGCAGGGCCGUAUUCUAGGGUGAAUGGCGGUAUGGAGAUCAAGAGUUCGAUCGCCAACGAGAAUACCGGGAUUCCCGGUGGCGAUGGGAGUUUCUGGCCGGGCGGGUUCGAGGUCGUUAGGGGUGCUUGGGCGAAUAGAUGGGCGAGGUGGGUGACGCAGGUGAAGAUUUGGAGUGAGAAUAAGAUGGUGCUGGGAAGGGUUCAGACGUGGGUUGAGAAGGGGAGGAAGCUGGAUCCGCCCGAGACACGAUUUGAGCCUGGGAUGGAGUGCUUGGUUAAUGAGAUGCAGGUGCUUUAUCAGAAUGGGUGGAAGCAUGUCUAG